GAAGCCACCCCUGUAACCACCGCCCCCCCCCCCACUACCAAAAACCUUGCCACACAAAGCCAAUGCAGGCAUUAUGUAGUGGGAGGAGAUCACCAGUAUACAGGGGGCCUGGAUUCACUUCUCAGCAUCUUCAUUUGAGGAGGACUUGGGUUCUGUCUUGUCUGUCUGUACAAACAGCCAUCAACUGAGGCAGAGGUGGGCUGCCAGGCAGUGGGGGGGGUGAUUUGUUGCCCACCUGCUUUUUCUUUCUGUCUUGGGUGAUUUACAUGAGCAGAAUAGCUUCCACAAGAGGGAGUUUCAUUUCAGAACAUCCUCCGGCCUCACUUCUACAACACUUGCCUGAAUCUAAUCCUUGCUUGUUUUGGUUAAAGCUUCUCUACAGGCUUCAUCAGGAGGCAGGAAUGCGUCUCGUUCUGUUGUCGGCGAGGUAGCUUAAGGCGUUCCUCAGACAGGUAGUCUGAAAUGCGGUCUCUUGAGUUCUGUUGUACCACCUAGAUCAUGCUGCCUGCUGAAGUCUGUUGUGGCGUUCAUGUUUCUACUGCAGAUUUCCUUAAUGAUAAGGAAGGUGGGUGACUUCAUACCAGGUUCAGUAAUUUCACAGUAAGUUUCUUUAGCCAAGAGAGCUUAGGAGUCAUAAUGAGGGGAACCAGCUAUACGUCUGAUAUGACUUGAGUAAUGCAUUAUAGUCUUUUUCUGAUGUGAAACUACUGGAAUGGAAACACCUAGUUAAAAAGAAGAAGCGGAAGAGGCCUAUGGUAGGCUUCCAUCAGAUUUUACAGAGCCAUAUAGACAAAUAAGGACAGAAUUACUGCAGUGGAGGAGUGUGGUCAUCUUGAAUUACACAUAGGUAAAUGCUAUCAAGGUGAGAAACGCGUGGUUGAUCUCUGGCCCGGCGUGCCUUUCAGGAGGCUGAGAACAUUGCCCACAGGCAGCUGAACUGCUUGCUGGGAGUCUGAAGGAGGCACUUGCAGAGGUCAGCAUCCUCGCCUGCUCAGGCCUGUCUUCUCUGGCUACUUUUCCAGUUGAUGGUAGGACUGGCUGGAAUUGUUCUCUAGAGGUUUCCGUGGCUUCCUGCUGACUAUAGAAGGAGCUUUCGAAGACAAGCUGUUUACUACCAUAAAGCCUGCCUGAGCAGAUUCCACAGUUUCCCCCGCUUGCCUCUUUCUCUGCCACAACAUGCUUGAUCGGGCCAUGAUUCUUUUCCUUCAUCAGUCUUAUCCUAAAUAGUUGGGAAUCUGAUUAGCCACAGAGAAGCGUUGUCCCUGCUUUACAGGGGUAGGAAACCAAAGUUUAGCCGUGGUCUGAGGAUAUCCGCCCCUGUUAGGUGUCAUUUGACGUUGGCCAGGACUGAAAGCACCACUAACAAGGAAGAUGUAGAUUCUUUUAUGAAACAGCCUGGAAAUGAGACAGCAGAUGUAGUUCUUAAGAAGUUGGAUGAGCAGUAUCAGAAGUAUAAAUUUUUGGAACUUAAUCUUGCUCAAAAGAAAAGGAGGCUAAAAAGUCAGAUUCCUGAAAUUAAACAGACAUUAGAAAUUUUAAAACACAUGCAGAAGAAAAAGGAUUCCACAAAUCCAAUGGAAACCAGAUUUUUAUUGGCAGAUAAUCUCUACUGCAAAGCUUCAGUUCCUCCUACAGAUAAAGUUUGUUUGUGGUUGGGGGCCAAUGUGAUGCUUGAAUAUGAUAUUGAUGAAGCUCAGGCUCUGUUAGAGAAGAAUUUGUCAACAGCCACAAGAAACCUUGAUCUUCUAGAGGAAGACCUGGAUUUUCUUAGAGAUCAGUUCACCACUACAGAAGUCAAUAUGGCUAGAGUUUAUAAUUGGGAUGUAAAGAGAAGAAACAAGCAAGACCCUUCCAAAAACAAAGCAUAGUUUUGCCAAUUUUAAAUGUGGUUUCAAUUUCCAAAUAUUUUUUAUUUAAACACCCCCAAGUUCAUUCUUAAGGGACUGAGUUACUUUAAGCAUUUCAGUAAAUGGUAAAAUAUAUAAAAACUAAUGGUGAGCACCAUUUUAUUUAUUUGUAAACUCGAAAUUUGGUUUCAUGCAUGCUUCAUGAAAUGAAUUACUUGAAAAGGCACCACACAGUCCAGCAAAGGACAUAGUAUUUUGAUCAGACCAGUCUGUCAUAAAUAAAUUUCUACCUGAAAGCUUGUCUGAAAAGUCGAGGGGCACGUAUGAAAUGGAGUCUGAUAUUUUAGCAGGUUUAGGUAAUGCAGGGGUUACUUUUUCGUCUGUGUACGGCUGAUGAAGUUAAAGUCAACUUGGGCUGGGAAGACAUGUAGCUGUAAUGUUCUAGGAAGCAGAAAAAAUACAGUGAAAUCUUGGAUUUUGUUUCAGUCAGUUAAUUGGCAGCAUCAACCUGCAAGCAUUCCUGGAUAUCCGCUUUGGAUAAACUUGUUUUUAAUAGUUACUGGUUAGUUAACUGCCUGUUACUGAACUCUCAGCACUUUACAUACAGCAGUUUGUGACUUGUCUUCAGAGAAGAGUGGUAAAUGGAGUAAACAGCACAAGCUAUGUCAAGACUGCAGGUGAUCUCACCCCGUUCUUUUUCAUACAUGUGCACAUGUUGCUUAUUUUUGCAAAUGCGUCGAACAAGGACACCAAAAUGCUGAUAGCCUGUAAACAAGAAACCCCCUAUUUACGAUCCCUUAGACAAGAUGUCCAGUUCAAAUGUCUUAACACUCUCAGCCUCCCACGUGGUGAAACCUGUAUUAGAUAAGGAUGGUUUACUGAAGCAUGACUUCUGGUGUUAACAGUUGGAAUAUUUUUUUGGUUCUUACGAAGCCUUGAAAGAUUGUUGCCUUUUACCUCUGCAGUUUCCUUCUAAAAUGAAAUGCUCGGUGGUGAUGUCAGUGGCUAAUAUUCACAUUCUGUGACUGAGAAUACAGGUUUCACGGCAAAAUAAAUGCAAAUGUUAACUGUUUGAUCUUCAUGUAAGAAACAAUAUACCUGUAAAUUUUUUGUACUUUUAUUUCAUGAUAUUAAAAUAGUAAAACUAAACAGUUGUGGCAAA